AUGCCUGCAAAAGGCUGUAUGAAGAAACAAAUUUAUGACAACCCAGACGACAAUAAAACAUGUAUAACUAUGGUGCAUACUGUUGUGAUAAGUACAACAGAAGCUAGAGCAAAAAUGAAAGAUAAAAGUAAAGUUAAUGGCAGUGAAAAUGAAGAGCGCCCUGCGUUCAGGCCAACUUCUGGCGCCUUCCUGUACGCCCUGGGGUGCUACCUGGCGGUGUCUGGCCUGGCGGCCUUCGUCGCCUUCUACCUGAUCACACAACGAGACUACAGUGAAGGCAGCGUCUACAUCACGGCCGCACUCGGCUCCCUCGUUCCGAGUUUUUUUCUGCACCCCUUCUACUGGUUCGGGGCGAAGAAGGUAGUCGCGCUUCUGAAGAAGUGGGUGGAGUUUGAGGAGACGUAUCUGAGAACUACUGGGACGCAACUCAAGCUCAGACUGCGGCGCCCGUCGAUGUUCUUCACAGUGUUGGUGCCGCUAUUCGCUUUCCUCGUAGUCAUGGCGGAGACGUUCAUAUUCGACAUCGCGCAUCCGAGUGUGGCUCUCGCGUACACGGUCACCAUCAGCAUGCUGGUGAACCACGGCGUGGUGUGGCUGCUGCAGUGCACCGCCAUCUGCCGGUCGUCGCUGCUGAUGAAGAAUUACCUCAGGUCGGCGCUGCGCUGCAGGAGCGGCCCUCUGAGCCUGCGCGCCCAGGAGGCGCUGUGGCUGCGCCUCUCGCGGCUCAGCACGGCCACGGCGCACGCGCUCUCCGGCGCUCACCUCGCCGUCACCACCACCUGCGGCGCCGUCUUCCUCAUGUCUGCCUACGGCUUCCUCAUCACGUGCGACAAGCCCGAGCUGGGCGUCAUCUGCGGCGGCUACGGCGCCUACGCCCUAUGCCACGCCGCCUACGUGGCCACGGUGUUCAACGCCGGCUACGCUGUUGGGGUAGCGAUGAAUGAUUUCUGUGACGAAGAAAUUGGUGAUUUGGUUGCUAGCGACGAAAACAUUCGUAAUGAGUUCACGUCUUCGAUGCUGACCUACAUCGUGGUGCUGGCGCAGUUCAGAUUUGGCGCCAAUACGACUGCCGUGAGGACCCAGUUGGCGCUGAGCACACCUGUGACAACCACCGAAAUCGCCCCAAAAGCCUAG